UUUAAUUGGGACAACGUGAUAAGGAGCUGUUGACAGUAAAACUUCGAGACAGGUCGAAUGACUGAAAAUGGCUACCAUACUUGAUAUCCUAGUUGUGUUUAUUAACGUGUUUGUUUACGUGAAUCAAGUUGAUGCUACGAAGGAACUACUAUCGCGGAUAGAUAGCCCCGAGAUUCGUGAAAUCCUGGUAGGCAUUCUAGAUCGCCUGGACGAAAAAGACAGGGAACAAGCAGAGCAGCUACAGGAAGUAGCGGAACAACGCAGAGUAAAUGACCUUCAGAUACACGAGCUAGCGGAACAACGCAGAAUAAAUGACUUUCAGAUACAUGAGCUAGCGGAACAACGCCGGCUGAAUGAACUACAACAAUUGCAGAUACAGGAACUAGAGAAUCAACUCAAACAUAUAAACAACAACUGUCAUCUGCAACCAGCGAUAAAACAUCCCGUGAAACAGUUCAAACGUCGUGACGGGUCGUAUAAAGGUGUACAGCGUACAUCACGUCAAGUCGAACUUGAACAUCCGGUGGCAUUCUUCGCUACUCUAACCAACCACACGUUCCACAUCGGCGCCGGACAAUCAAUCAAAUUCGACAACGUCGUAACAAACGUUGGACAGGCAUACAAUCACGUCCUGGGCGCGUUCCUCGCCCCCGUGUCUGGCAUUUACGUUUUCUCCGUGACGCUGUUCGCCUACCCCGGCCACACAACCGAACACGACAUAAUGAAAAACAACGUGUUUAUCAGCCGAUUGUACAUGCAAGCACCCAGUGGAUACGAAACAGCUUCUCAGACGUUCAUCCUGCAGCUGGACAAGGGAGAUGACGUCAACGUCCUCAAUAUGCUGUCAGACAAAGCGAUACAUGGAGGGCACUACUCCACAUUUGCCGGCUUCCUACUUCAACAAACAUACCCAGCUGCUGUCAUCGGAUAGUCAAUUUUAGCGCCAUUGUGAUGUAACAUUGCAAUAAAUUAUGGCCAAUA